AUGCCUCUCUUAGCUUUUUUUAUAUCUACCACUGUAGACAUAUGGAGUCCAGUCUCGUCACACUAUCCCAAUGCAUCUGGGCGGUUGUGGGCUGGAAGUUUGCAGUUAAUCCCGGCAUUUUCAAACCUAGGAUACGACCACCUUGUAUAUGCAAACGAGAUAGGUGAUGGUUCGCAUUCACUGGCGCAAGUGACUACAACUUCGGGAAAGUGGGGACUGCACGCGAAACACUUCCCCUUGAAGAUGGCCUUGGACUUGCUCCCAUUUUCCCAGUCAAAACUUCUCAACGCAAUUAACGUUACUGAACUCACAAAGGAACAAAAACUAGCUUGCCUCUCACAGCGGCUUUCACUGGAGUUUGACUCGAAAUCUCACUGGGCCAAAGCGCAAGAGCGCACUCAGGUCGAAUGUCACUUGCGCAUGUGCCUUCAAAUAGACGAGGAUUCCGGAAUCAUGGCAAGCGUCUCGCCAUCAGAGCCACUGGUUGCCGAAGCAGCCGCACUUUCGAUGCAGAAGUUCAAUUCUGUUAAGGCUAUGCAAGAUAUUUUUAACGACUUUUCUCUACAUCACGGCAAUCGAGGGGAGCCACUGGCGAUGCUUCUCCUUACCCUGGCUCGCGAUAAUGCGGAUCCUCCCAUCGUAAAUAUACUCCAACUAAUUCAUGCCUUGUUCACACAGGCAGAGUCGGUGCUUACGAUGAAGCCGACUAUUUCUCCUGAAGGACUAGCCCCUUCGUUUGAAGAUACGUUUAGGAAUGCUGGAACGCACUUCAACCAUUUUUUGCAACUUCACCAGCGGAACUUGUGCAGCGUGGAACGGUUACUUGAGCUAAUGAGUCGAGGUGCAUUCGUUCUCCAUGCAAAUGGGCAGCCGGACUUCGAUCUAUGUGGUGCAGGUGUUCUCGAUGACGGUCAGAAUAUCAGCAAAACCAACUCCUUCGUGAUUCUGGUCCAGGCCCAAAAUGACCCAUUUUGGACGCACAAGCUGGAUUUGUGUCUGUUUGACGGAAUGGAUUCCUACAAGCUUGGGAUUCUUCACAAAGACGACGCUGAAUUAAAUAUUCCCAUCAUUCGAGUCGUAUUCGCACUUGGUUCAGUCAAAGCCCAACUUGUACCCAUCGGUCCCCGUUCAAUGCCCCGAAAGGGGUUUACUUUGUACGACAUCUGGUGCGCAGGACUAUCUGCCGAUAUAUUUUGUCCGGUUAAACAAGAGGAUGAAGGUACUUGGGAUGACUUGUUGAGGACAUCGCGCAUAUGGGAACGACUUUACAAGACUAGCAACAAGGAAGCGCAAAUUUUGCGACGGCAACUAAAUCCUGGUGCUGCAGCACAUGAGGAUCAUUGGAAUCCUUUUAGAGCACUUAGGUUACCUGCACAGCAGUCCCCGACGCCCGUCCUGAAAUUUCUGAUGCCCCGCCUUCUCUACUUCUCUUUCUAUCUGAUCUUCCACUCAUACUUCCCUCAGCUUCCUCACAUCCCCCGUCCGACGACGACUUUACGCGUUCCUCUUCUUUUUUUCCUCCAUCUCACGUGGCCUUUGCCGCACUUCCCUCGAGCCUCAGCUACCCUCACACCCUUGUACAAGUUUGCACUCUCGCUUUAUGAAUCAUGUUCGCAGGUGUCGUGA